AUGCAUGCGCUUGAUAGGGAAAGGGGCCUCACUCUUGAGGAUUUCAAGCUAAUUAAGAUGCAGAUGGCGAAUUAUAUUUGGAAGCUUGCGCUAAGUGUUAAAGUUCGACAAAGGGUGGUUGCUACUGCAGUUACUUAUAUGAGACGUGCCUACACAAGAAAGAGUAUGACAGAAUAUGAUCCACGUCUAGUGGCUCCAACCUGCUUGUACUUGGCAUCUAAAGCAGAAGAAAGCACAGUGCAGGCUAGACUUCUUGUAUUUUACAUCAAAAAAUUAUAUACAGAUGAAAAGUAUCGGUAUGAAAUCAAAGUUGAAAUCAAAGACAUCCUUGAGAUGGAAAUGAAGAUUUUAGAAGCUCUUGACUAUUAUUUGGUUGUUUACCAUCCUUACCGUUCUUUGUCUCAGUUACUCCAGGAUGCUAAUAUGACAGAUUUAACUCACUUAUCUUGGGGACUUGUCAAUGACACCUACAAGAUGGAUCUUAUUCUCAUCUAUCCACCGUACAUGAUUGCGUUAGCCUGCAUACACAUUGCAAGUGUACUCAAAGAAAAAGACUCCACUGCAUGGUUUGAAGAGCUCCGAGUUGAUAUGAAUGUGGUGAAGAACAUUUCAAUGGAGAUACUAGACUUCUAUGAUAGCCAAAAAAUGAUCCCGGAGGAGAGGGUGAAUGCUGUCCUUAACAAGCUAGCUUUAAAGUAAUUGGCCAAGCAGUUAUUUAAAGUUCAUUCAUGUCACUUUUUUUAAAAUGCUCGUAGAGAAGGCCAACUUAGUUGUCCACAUGACUGGUAUGAAAGGAAGGUGUCAGC